UUUUUUUUUUUUUUUUUAAAUUUCUACUCAUUUCUUUGAUUAAUCUUCAGACCCUUCAUCUACCUCCUCCCCAAGCUUAUUAUUCAAACUAUUCACAUAUCACCAUCAAACCAUGUCAUUGCAAGAUCUUAUACCCGUGGUCAACAAACUUCAAGAUAUCGUUACCACCACUCAAGUAACAGAUUUAGACUUGCCAAUCUUGGCCGUUGUCGGAUCACAAUCUUGUGGGAAAUCAUCUGUCUUGGAAAACAUUGUUGGGAAAGAUUUUUUACCCAGAGGUACUGGAAUUGUCACUAGAAGACCUUUGGUUUUACAGUUGAUCAAUUUAAAAGAAGAUGAUCCUCGCAUAAAUAAUUUCGAACAUUCUAGCUCCUCAUCUAGCAAUGAUGAAAAUUCCGAUGAAAUUGAUUUGGAACAACACCUCAGAAAUCAUGUUAAUAAAUCAAACGGUUAUUCCAAUGGUUCAAUCAAAUCUUUUAAUACUAAUCCGGCCACUGAAUGGGGGGAAUUUUUACAUAUUCCAAAUAAAAGAUUUUAUAAUUUCCAUGAUAUUAGAAAUGAAAUUCAAAGUGAAACUCUUAGAAUUGCCGGUGAAAAUAAGGGUAUUAGUAGAUUACCAAUUAAUUUAAAGAUUUAUUCUACUAAAGUUCUUAAUUUGACUCUUGUUGAUUUACCUGGUUUGACCAAAAUUCCAAUCGGUGAUCAACCAACUGAUAUUGAAAGACAAACUCGUAACUUGAUUCUUGAAUAUAUUUCAAAACCAAAUUGUAUUAUUUUAGCAGUUUCUCCUGCUAAUGUGGAUUUAGUUAACUCAGAAUCUUUAAAAUUAGCAAGACAAGUUGAUCCAAUGGGUAAAAGAACUGUUGGUAUUUUAUCUAAACUAGAUUUAAUGGAUCAAGGCACUAAUGCUUUGGAUAUUUUGAAAGGUAGUGUUUACCCAUUAAAGUUAGGUUUUAUUGGUAUUGUCAACCGUUCUCAACAAGAUAUCACGCAAAACAAACCUUUAGAGGAUUCUCUAAUUGCAGAAGAACAGUUUUUUGCCAAUCAUCCAGCGUACAAAAUCAUGUCUAAAAAAUGCGGUACUCGUUACUUGUCUGCGACAUUAAAUAAAAUUUUAAUGAAUCAUAUUAGGGAUCGUUUACCAGAUAUUAAGGCUAAAUUGAAUACAUUAAUGGGCCAAACAGAACAAGAAUUAGCUCAAUACGGUGAUAUUCCAAGUAACUUGAAUGACUCAAAGGAGAAUAGAGGUGUCUUGGUUUUAAAUUUGAUGACCAAAUUUGCCAGCAGUUUCAUCAAUUCAAUCGAAGGUACUGUUCUAACCGAUAUUGCCACCAAAGAAUUAUGUGGUGGUGCCAGAAUUUAUCACAUUUAUAAUGAAGUUUUUGGAUCUCAAUUAGCAUCAAUUAACCCUGUUCAUAAUUUAUCAAUUCACGAUAUUAGAACCGCCAUAAGAAAUUCAACUGGACCAAGACCAUCUCUUUUUGUUCCAGAGUUAGCAUUUGAUUUACUUGUCAAGCCACAAAUUAAAUUAUUAGAAGAACCUUCUCACAGAUGUGUUGAAUUAGUUUAUGAAGAAUUAAUGAAAAUCGUUCAUAAUGUUUGUUCUUCAGGUAUCGGCAUUGAAUUGAACAGAUAUCCAAGAUUGCAAAGUAAAUUAAUCGAAGUUGUUAGUGAUUUAUUAAGAGAAAGAUUAGGGCCAACCAUCAAGUAUGUUGGAUCUUUAAUUGAAAUUCAACAAGCAUAUAUUAAUACUAAUCAUCCUAACUUUGUUGGUGCCGCUCAAGCCAUGAGUAUUGUUGUUGAAGAACGUCGUAAACAAAGAGAAAUUCAAAAAGAAGUUGAACUGAAAUCAAAAUUGAGAAUUGCUACUGAAAGAAUUUUGAAUAAAAAUUCUGCUGUUGAAGAUGAAGUUGAUGAUGAAUUAGAAGCCGAAGAUGAAGAGGCCAAAGAAAUUGAUAUUAAUCAAGUAGAUGAUGAAAUUAAACCUGUUCAUAAGCAUAAAAGAAGCGAUUCAAAUAAAACCACUUUUUCCAUUAGAAGUGAAUCUACUAAUGCACAAGGUCAAGAAUCUUAUUUGAAUUACUUUUUCGGAAAGGAUCCAGUCAUUCAUCAACAACACUUACAAACUCAAGCACAAUUAAACCCAACUCCUUUCAAAUUCCCACAUCAUCAAGAGGCUACUUUGCAAUUCAAUAACAAUUUCAUCAACAAUGGGUCUGGCACCAUUAACAGUGGUAUGAAAAGUUUGAAUUUGGAUGAACAAAGUAGAAGCGGCACUCCUCUUGCAAAUGGUCACGGUCAUGCCAAUGGACACGCUGCAACAUCUUCAAUGAUCAAUGGAUACGAAGCAUCUUUUGAGAGUGAUGAUUCAAUUAACGAAUUAAGUGAACGCGAACAAUUAGAAUGUGAAUUAAUCAGAAGAUUGAUAAUCUCAUACUUUAGCAUUGUUAGAGAAAUGAUCCAAGAUCAAGUUCCUAAGCUGAUCAUGUGCUUAUUGGUCAAUUAUGUUAAAACUAAUAUUCAAAAUCAAUUAGUUGUCAAAUUAUAUAACGAUAAUUUAUUCGAUGAAUUAUUACAAGAAGAUGAGACUAUCCAAGUCGAACGUGAAAAAUGUAUUAACUUAUUGAAGACUUACAGGGAAGCUUCCAGAGUUAUUAGUGAUGUUAUCUAG